AUGCCCGUGGCAGCUUCCGCUAUAUACUUCCUCAAUCUUCGUGGCGAUGUCCUCAUCAAUCGCCUCUAUCGCGACGACGUCGGAGGUAACAUGGUGGAUGCUUUUCGAGUGCAUAUAAUGCAAACGAAGGAACUUGGCACAUGUCCUGUACGGCAGAUUGGGGGCUGCUCUUUCUUUUACAUGAGAAUUAGCAAUGUUUACAUCGUGAUUGUCGUAAGCAGCAAUGCGAAUGUUGCUUGUGCAUUCAAGUUCGUUGUGGAGGCAGUCACAUUAUUUAAAUCUUAUUUUGGUGGAGCUUUUGAUGAGGAUGCUAUACGGAAUAACUUUGUCUUGAUAUAUGAACUGUUGGAUGAAAUCAUGGAUUUUGGGUACCCUCAAAACCUCUCCCCCGAAAUCUUGAAGCUUUACAUAACUCAGGAAGGUGUACGCUCUCCAUUUUCAUCCAAGGCUGCUGACAAACCAGUUCCAAAUGCAACUUUGCAAGUUACCGGUGCCGUUGGCUGGCGCAGGGAAGGCCUUGUCUAUAAGAAAAAUGAAGUCUUUCUUGAUAUUGUGGAAAGUGUCAAUCUUCUCAUGUCUUCAAAAGGCAGUGUUCUACGCUGUGAUGUAACUGGGAAGAUCCUUAUGAAAUGCUUCCUCUCUGGAAUGCCUGAUUUGAAGUUGGGGUUAAAUGACAAAAUUGGGCUCGAGAAAGAGUCACAACUUAAAUCCCGUCCUGCUAAAAGUGGAAAAACUAUUGAGCUCGAUGACAUCACUUUCCAUCAAUGUGUAAACCUUACAAGAUUCAAUUCAGAGAAAACAGUCAGUUUUGUUCCUCCAGAUGGUGAAUUUGAGUUGAUGAAGUAUCGUAUUACAGAAGGGGUUAAUCUUCCAUUUCGGGUUCUGCCGACUAUCAAGGAAUUGGGUCGAACACGUAUGGAAGUGAAUGUAAAGGUAAAGAGUGUUUUUGGGGCAAAAAUGUUUGCACUCGGUGUGGUUGUUAAGAUCCCAGUACCUAAGCAAACAGCAAAGACAAGUUUUCAAGUGACAUCAGGCCGAGCAAAGUACAGUCCUUCUAUUGACUGUUUGGUGUGGAAGAUAAGAAAGUUUCCUGGACAAACUGAGCCAACUUUGAGUGCUGAAGUAGAGCUAAUAUCAACAAUGACUGAAAAAAAGUCGUGGACUCGGCCUCCAAUUCAGAUGGAAUUUCAGGUUCCCAUGUUCACAGCAUCCGGAUUGCGUGUUCGUUUCCUAAAGGUAUGGGAGAAGAGUGGGUACAACACCGUGGAAUGGGUUCGUUACAUUACAAAAGCAGGUUCGUAUGAAGUUAGGUGCUAA